UGUGAGAAAGCGUGCCAUAUAAAAACCAACGACUCAGAACGGACCGGUGUUAUUCUAGUUUUAAAUUUUCCCGUUACGACACGUUCUCCAGGACUGGGAGAUUUGAUCUGAAGUUAAAUUGGUCAACGCAUAGCCGACUUUAGUUCUUUAAUUCAUCUCCAAAAUGUGUGACGAAGAUGCUUCAGCUCUUGUCAUUGACAACGGAUCGGGUAUGUGCAAAGCCGGAUUUGCUGGUGAUGACGCUCCACGUGCCGUAUUUCCAUCGAUUGUAGGCCGUCCCCGACACCAGGGUGUGAUGGUCGGUAUGGGAAACAAGGAUUCUUACGUUGGUGAUGAGGCCCAGUCAAAACGUGGUAUUCUAACACUAAAGUACCCAAUCGAGCACGGUAUCAUCACCAACUGGGACGACAUGGAAAAAAUCUGGCAUCACACAUUCUACAAUGAGCUUCGUGUAGCCCCAGAGGAGCACCCCGUUCUGCUGACCGAGGCUCCAUUGAAUCCGAAGGCCAAUCGUGAGAAGAUGACUCAAAUCAUGUUCGAAACUUUCAACUCGCCAGCUAUGUACGUCGCUAUUCAGGCUGUUCUGUCCCUGUACGCUUCCGGUCGAACCACCGGUAUUGUUCUGGAUUCUGGUGAUGGUGUUUCUCACACUGUUCCUAUCUAUGAGGGUUAUGCUCUACCACAUGCGAUCCUUCGUCUGGACUUAGCCGGUCGGGAUCUAACCGAUUAUCUUAUGAAGAUCCUGACUGAGCGCGGUUAUUCAUUUACUACCACCGCAGAACGUGAAAUCGUGCGUGAUAUCAAAGAGAAGCUGUGCUACGUCGCCUUGGAUUUCGAGCAAGAAAUGGCUACCGCUGCCGCCUCCACAUCCUUGGAAAAAUCUUAUGAGCUUCCCGACGGGCAGGUUAUAACCAUUGGCAAUGAGCGUUUUCGUUGCCCAGAAGCCUUGUUCCAGCCUUCCUUCUUAGGUAUGGAAUCGUGCGGUAUACAUGAGACUGUCUACAAUUCGAUCAUGAAGUGCGAUGUUGACAUUCGCAAGGAUUUGUACGCCAACACUGUCCUGUCUGGUGGUUCCACGAUGUACCCAGGUAUCGCCGAUCGUAUGCAAAAAGAAAUCACCGCUCUGGCACCGUCUUCCAUCAAAAUCAAAAUUAUUGCUCCACCUGAGCGCAAAUACUCCGUCUGGAUCGGUGGAUCUAUCCUAUCGUCGUUGUCCACCUUUCAAGCAAUGUGGAUUUCCAAGCAGGAGUAUGAUGAAUCCGGCCCAGCAAUAGUACACCGCAAGUGUUUCUAAUCUAAUCCAACCCUUUCAUUCAUUCUCAGAAAAAGCCAAAGAUCUUCAAUCCAUAGUAUUAUCGUUGUAGUGUGCAUUCGUGAUGAAAGUUUUCAAAAAUCUGUGAAACCACUUAUAAGACUCCUACGAAAGACUCUUUCUUUGUGAUAUUGGAAAACAUCAUUUUAUAAAUAGUGUAUCCCAAGCUGUAUCGAACUAGAAUGUAAAUUGGUGCUUUUUGAUUUUGUACUGAUGCAAGUUUUGAUUUUAUGUCGGACGAACCGGAAGCACCGAAAACCUGUCACUAAGUACGUGUAAUGAUCGGUGUUAGAUAUAUAUACUUAAAAUUAGAUCUUCGAGUAUGAAUAAAAAUCGACCCUUUUUAUAACAACUUAUCAAAAAAUUGUAUUAUUACUUUUAACUACAUGAAUAACUAAAAAAUAA